AUGUCCAAGAAGGAGAUAUCCAACGACAAGAUGCUGGAGCUGGAGGAGGAGAAUGCUGCUCGCAACAUGCAGCUUGCAGCGACUCGUGUCCGGCUAGCAAGAACAACACAGCUCCCAAUGACGAGGCUGCACUGGGGUCAUGACUAUCUCAAGUCGGAGUACGGCGACAACUGGGACAAGCAAGGGGGCUACUGGGACGGAUGCGGACACAUGUUCAAGUCGCUAUGCCAUGGCAGAAACGACAUGUGGUGGGAGAAGAAUGGUUGGUCGGAUGCGAACGCCAAGUUGCAGAAGGCUGCUCAGAUGGAUCAGGACAGGCAGAAGAUGUUCCGAGAGGCUCUGAAGGAGCUCCAUAACAAGAUCUUGGAGGAGCGAGAAGCGCACAAGGAAGCAAAGGUCGCCCGGCAGGAGUAUCUCAACUUCACCAAGUACAACUUGAAGCUGAAAGAGAAGAAGAAGAAGUUUUUGUUGAACAGCGAGAAGAAGAGCUUGAUAGACACCCUUGCCAAAUCUUCUGCCAUCAUCAACUCAGGCCUUGUGCAUAAGAUCGCCAAUGACACUGACAUGGCAUACGCGGACUAUGGAGAAGUGGAGGCUCAAGCUGCGCAGGAGGAGAUGGAUGAGAUGGCAAAGUGGCACAACCUCCUACUGAACAUGAAGGAGUCCGGCAAGGCGGACCCCCUCUAUGUAGCGAAUCUCAAUCAAGAAGGCACAAAGAUGCUGGCGAUGAUCCGACAUACGAUGUUGAGACUUCAGCACUCAGAGUCGAGAGAGAAAAAGAUGGCGCAGGAGGACGAGAGAAACCUUCGAGUUUACCAGCAACAGCUCAAGAGCCUGCACGACUCUAGCCAGAGCAAGGAGAAGUCGUACGAAGAAAAGGAGAAGGAGGAGGAGUUGAAGGCAGAAGAAGCGGCCAAGAAGCUGUUGCAAGAAAGAUCCCAGGAGUUUGCAGGUGAAGGAUCGUCAGCGCACAAUCUUGCAGAGGAGUCGGCAAAGAGACAAGAAGCUGCUCGACAGAGAAAGCUCCAAGCUUCUGAUCGUGGGAGCUCGCAAAGGAGUCAGGCUGUCCAGCAUACUCCUGAGCAGGUUGAGCAGAACAUUAUCAAGCAGAAGGAGCAGGUGCAUGCUGCUGCCGUUGCAAAGAAGAACGCACUUGUGGGCAAGGCAGUUCCCGCUGCAAAGGAGAAGCCUGCAGCCGCUAGCAAGGGAAACAAGGGCGGGGCAGGGAAAGCAGAGGCUGUCGAGCUUGCACCAUGGGCGAAGCAGCGAAACUUUAUGUCGGCACUGAAACGUCAGACAGAAGCUACAAAACAGCUCUGA